ACCUGCAUCCUGCUGCUACCCCUUUUUUGUAUUCCAUUUCCAUCGCCGUUAUCAUCAACCUUCAACCCCUUUGGCUUUCUCUGAUCUACUCCCUUCUCUCUCUCUCUCUCUCUCCCUUCUUUUUUCCUUGUGUCUUUUCUUCACCUUUCUCUGUUUUAGUUGUUCUCUUCUGAUCUUGGUAUAUUCAGCCUGUUCUGCCCCAAGAAUCGUGAUUUAAUUUCUUGAUCAUAAAAGAUAGAGUAGGGUAUAUAUAUAUUGUUAGAAGCUACUAGUUACAUACAUACAUAUUUAUAUAAAAAGAGAGGAGGACAUGGGUGAUUCUUCUGCUUCAUACAUCCACAUGGUGCACCAUCUAAUAGAAGAGUGCAUCAUAUUCAACAUGAGCAAAGAAGAGUGCAUGGAAGCUCUGUCCAAGCAUGCUAACAUCAAACCUGUCAUUACUUCCACAGUAUGGAAGGAGUUGGAGAAAGAAAACAAGGAGUUCUUCGAGGCCUACGAGAAGAGAAGAGGAGAGAAAGCUGUUCAGGAAGGGGAUAAAUGCACGGGAUCCAAGACAUGAGUGAUUCUCAUCUCAUCUUUCCAGGUUAAUUGAGUAAAAUUAAUAAAUAACGCUGUAUUUUGGCUAGAAUCUUCCAGUUUGCUAUCUGGCCAAACAGUAGCUGCCCCAGCUGGCUACGCCUGAAGGUUCUUUCAGUAAUAUGCAUGGCAACUCUAGGGCAGAUUAAUAUUUAGAUAGUAAUCCUAGUAAAAAUAAGAAAAA